AUGGAAGAGAAGGUAAGAAUAGACGGGGUUAAUUGGGGUCGUAUUCAAAGGCAAGAAAAGGCUGUAUUUUCAGCUUUGCGCAAAGAACACGAAAGUUUCAAAGAAAGAGUUGGAAAAGGAACGCCUAAGGUCGUUGAUGAGCAUUACAUGAAGGUUGGCGACUUCAUCAUUAUCAACACCAACAUAGACUUAGCGACGGAGAAAGGUGCAAAUCUGAAAGCGAAGGUUACCAUGAUCUGGCGUAGAUCGGGUGACAAAUAUUUUGUUUUGCAUGAAGAAUUUACUUUGACUGAGGCAUAG